AUGGCCACCGCGGAGCGAGCCCCGGAGCAGCUCGCUCCGCCGCCGCCGCCUCCCGAGCGCGUCAUGGGGGUCGCGGAGCGGGCCGUCGCGGCUGCCGGCGCCGCCGUCGUCUCCGCCGUCCUCGUCAACCCCCUCGACGUCGCCAAGACAAGACUACAGGCACAGGCCGCUGGAGUUGUCUACAAUCCGAUAUGGUCAGAUUUUAGGUGCUAUCCAUGGUGUAACCCUGGUGGACUGAAGUUGAGUGGUUUAGGGCCAUCCUGCAGUCCUGAAUGCUUUCAGUACAGAGGAACAAUGGAUGUGUUCUCUAAGAUCACUAGACAGGAAGGAAUUUUUAGACUCUGGAGAGGUACUGGUGCAAGCUUAGCGUUAGCUGUACCAACGGUUGGGAUAUAUCUGCCUUCUUACGACCUGUUGCGCAAUUGGAUUGAGGAAUAUUCAGAUCACAGUUAUCCCAAACUUAGGCCAUAUGCCCCUCUAAUUGCUGGAUCUAUUGCACGAUCAUUGGCAUGUAUAACUUGUUCCCCUAUUGAGUUGGCAAGAACACGUAUGCAGGCGUUCAAGCAAUCAAGUGGUGGAGCAAAACCCCCUGGAAUGUGGAAGACUAUGCUAGGCGUGCUUUCAUCGAGGCAAAGCAUCAGCCACCCUGAGAAUUUGCAAACAGCUCGGGGAUACCAUCUUCUGUGGACUGGUAUGGGAGCACAACUUGCACGUGAUGUCCCCUUUUCAGCUAUAUGUUGGAUGGUUCUUGAGCCAACUAGGAGACACUUAUUGGGAUUAUUAGCUGGUGAGCAAAGCAAUGCCGCAGUUAUAAUGGGGGCAAACUUCUCCACAGGCUUCAUUGCUGGAGUUAUCUCUUCUGGCGCAACAUGUCCUCUCGAUGUUGCCAAGACACGCAGACAAAUAGAGAAGGAUCCUGCUAGGGUAUUGAGCAUGAACACGAGGCGCAUACUUCUUGAGGUUUGGAGGAAUGAAGGUAUCAACGGCCUAUUCAGAGGAGCGGGCCCUCGCAUGGCACGGGCUGGGCCUUCGGUGGGCAUUGUUGUUUCGUCGUAUGAAGUUGUCAAACACAUCAUGCACAGAAAACAUGCAGAGCUAUGA